GACAAUUUGACGAUGAAGUUCUCCGCCUCCAUCCUCGCCUGGGCCUUGUUCGUGGGGGCGACUCUUGGAGCGCCUUUGCUGGGAAAUGUCGAGGAUCCAAAUAACGGGACAAUCAACAUUGUGAAAAGGGCGGGCCCAGCGGCGGGGAAGAGUGAUUUAAAGAAAGGUUUGCUGUGUGAAAGUACGAAGGGCGUGGAGGAGAUUAGAGGAUACUUCCCCGUUGGCAAAGGUAUGAAGCUCUGGUUCUGGUACUUCUCUGCCCGUUCCGAUACGGCCAAAGAUGCACCGCUCGUGGUAUGGCUCAACGGUGGACCUGGCGCAAGUAGCAUGGGCGGGCUCUUUCAAGACAACGGACCCUGCCAGUUCUCCGAGGGCUCAACAUCCCCAUCCCGCAACCCGAAUAGCUUCAACAAUGUCGCAAACAUGCUCUAUAUUGACCAGCCUGCGGGUGCCGGCUUCUCCUUCGGCUCCGACAAGAACGAGGUCAAUGGCAUCAACACUUCACGCCUCGCUAUCAAGUACGUAUAUGAGUUCCUCCAAGAGUUCCUUGCGCACAAGGAAUUUGCGCAUCUAGCGAAAAGAAAGUUUGGCAUUGCGACCUCGUCGUAUGGUGGGCAUUGGGGGCCGGAGCUCGCUGUGCAUAUCCAGGAGCAAAACAAGAAAGCCAAAACGAAGAUCAAUCUGGCAGGUCUUGCCAUCAACAGCGGACUGUUCGAUCUAAGCAUACAGUACCCAGCCAUGGUAGAAUACUCCCUCGAGAAAAAAUCCAUCGACAAGGCCAAACACGACAAAAUCAUGAAAGAUUACAAGACUAAAUGCGAGCCUCUGUUGGCUGCAUGCAAGAAGACGGACAAAGAUGAAGAUUGCAGCAAGGCGGACGAUGCAUGCUAUCCUACCGUGGAAGAACCGUUGGAGGAGGUACGAGAGUGGGUUUAUGAUGUCAGAGGAAACAAGUAUAAGCCAUCCGUCGCGUAUAAGGAAUGGUUGAAGAAGUCCGCAAAGGAAGUCGGAGCUCUGGUGGAGUUCAGUGGGAACCUGGGUGAGACCAAUGACAUCUUCAACCGCUUCACCUCGACCGGCGAUACUGCGCGUUCUAUGAUGUCUCAACUCUCCGAAGUGGUCAAGGCAAAUAUCCCCACCUUGCUUUGGGUUGGCGAUCAAGACGCCCUGACCACCUACAUUGGUGUUCGUGAAGUGGCCGAAGCGGUUGUUCACGGCGGCCAGGCAGCUUUCAAAAAGAAGGUUCCAGGGAAAUGGACUGUCAAAGGGAAGGAGCAGGGACUUUUCAAAACUCAGGGCAAGCUUUCGUAUUUGCAGCUCAAAAACGCGGGGCACAAUGUCCAAUUUGGUCAGCCCGAAAAUUCACUUCAAGCUUUCACCCAGUUUUUCGGGGGUAAGGGUACUAUAUCGAGUUCUUAA